AAUACCCAGUUAAUUAAUGCCGCAAGUAAAGAUGUGAAAGAAAUUUCUUUAAAUAAUAAAUUUGCUGAAAAUAAUAACCCUAAAAAUUUUUAUAAUUGUGAAAAAGAAUAUUAUAAUGCUAAAGAUGAAAAUGAAGUUGUAAAGGAAUUAUUAAAGACAAAUGAACAUAAAAAAAUUUUAUUAGAUAAAAAAUAUAAUCAUUUUGGUGCUUCUUUUAAAAAUAAUCAUUGGGUGUUAAUUUUUGGUCAACUUUAUGCUAAAGAAGAAAUUGAUGUCAAUCUCUUAUUAAAAUAUACUAAUGAAGAACGAGUAAAACUUGGUCUUAAAAAACUUGUAUUAAAUAGAAAAAAAAUUUAUGAUCAUAUUGGUGAUGCGCGUAAAAAAAUUCCUGGAAUAUAUUGGGUAGAAAAUCUCGGUCGGAAUUAUGAAAACGAAAAAGAAGCAAUUCAAAGUUGGAUGGGAUCACAAGGGCAUAGAGAACAAAUUAUUUUUGAAGAUCACAUUUAUUUUGGUGCCGCAUUAAAAAAUGACAUUUGG